AUGGACUACGCUCGCCUUCGGGCUGCAGCGCUGAAUCAUGGUGAAGACGAGGAGGCCGUUACCGUCGACACGCGAGCCCUCAUCGACAAGGUUCUGGCUCGAUACUCGGGAGAGUGGACCACGCUCAGAGAACUCAUCCAGAAUGCCGCCGAUGCCCAGGCGACCACGGUCAGGGUCAAAUGGGAGACGUUGCCGUCGACUCAAGUGCCCCUCCCUGCCACCACCAACCAGUCCGACAUCAUCAGGCAUGUCAUCGCCCACCACACACUGAAGCGGCUCGUCGUUCAAAACGAUGGCCAGCCAUUUACCAAGACCGACUGGGCGAGGUUGAAGAAGAUAGCAGAGGGAAACCCAGACGAGACGAAGAUUGGCGCAUUUGGCGUUGGCUUUUACAGCGUCUUUGCCGAUUGCGAGGAGCCCUUUGUCAGUUCUGCCAACGAGGCCAUGGCCUUCUACUGGAAGGGCAAUGCGCUCUUUACGCGGAAGAUCACGCUACCGCCUGGCGAAGGAAACUCCGACACCACUUUCGUGCUGGACUAUAGGAGCUCGACCACACCUCUUCCAAAUUUGCUCUCGGUCAGCCAGUUUCUUGCCACCAGCUUGACAUUUGUUGCUUUGCAAAACAUCGAGUUUUGGAUAGACGACUGGAAAGUCCUGUCGCUGCAAAAGAAGGCGUCUCCGAGUAUAGACAUUCCCAUUCCGCGCGAUAUCGAGACCAAGACCAAGGACGGGCUCAUGAAAGUGUCAAAGGCGGACCGCACAAGCACCCAAAUAGACGCCACAUUCAUGAGCGUCAUAGGUUGGAAGCCACAGGCCGCAGCUUCCACCGCCAAAUCCAACGAGUCGUAUGGCGCUGAGUUGCACUCGUUGAAGACAUUCUUUUCUCGGCUCACGGCAGGCUCGUCGCGAGGCAAGGCGGCGAAGGAGGAGAAGGCGAUUCAAGAUGCAAUCGCAGAGGAUCUCACAGCUAUAUCAACAUCCAGCAUCUUCCUUCGGGCAACUUCGGCGCAAGUAACCACCAGCGUCACUGGCUCAUUUGCUGCUGAACUAGAAAGGGCGACCAAAAAGCCCCCUCCGAAAGUGACCAAGAUAUCCAUCCUGACUUCUUCCUACGACGAGGCCAUGGCUUCGGCGACUUCCUCAUUAAAUCAGGCUACAAAGAUAGCAGACGUCUUCGCCUCCGUUCUGCCCAGCAAGAAGCCCGGAGGCCGGAUAUUUAUUGGUUUUCCAACCACGCAGACCACCGGUGCCGGGCUGCACAUCUCUGCUCCCUCGGUCAUUCCCACGGUUGAGCGGGAGGCUAUUGACUUAAACGCUCGCUGGGUGCGCACUUGGAACAUGGAGAUGCUGCGUGCCGCCGGCAUCAUGUCGCGGCUCGCUUUUACAUUUGAGAUGGCAGAUCUAAAUGACAAGCUCAAACGAAUGUCCGAGUCCAGCAGCAGCAAGAAGGGGCCAGGCGUCUCCCCCGCCGAUGCGCAGAAACUGGUCCCCCAAGCAAUGCACAUUCUGAAGACAUACACCUUCCAGGACUCGACGCCGAGUGCCCAUGUCGCCCGGCUCAUUGAGGAGGCAUUUUGGACCGCUUACAAGCAUGCAUCUAUCGAGGUGUACUCCUCUCGGGGAGUUCUACCCACGACAAAAGUCCGGAACUCGUCUGAUGAGAUCGGUAAAUUUGUGGGGGGAAUUCCGGUGGUCCUGAAGGAUAUGAUGGAGGCGCCCUUUAUCAAGAAACUGGUAGAGUUUGGACUGAUUGAGGAUAUCACGGUCGAUGACAUCUGCCAGGAGCUUGGGGCCAAGGCGCUUGACAAGGACCAGCUUCAUCAUUUCCUUCAGUGGAUCACCAAGAGCGCGUUCGAGGGGAAGUUUGACCGUCCAAGUGUCCGACGGCUCUUGGAUGUCACUGUUGCGACAAUCUCAGAUGGCGGCAACUCGGGCGAUAUCGUCGCCUUAGGACCCAUCGAGAACUAUCUCAACAGCAAGAUCCCAGGAACGUUUCCAGUUCCGCCGACCACGUUGCCAGCCGCCUUUACGGCCGGAAUCCAGGAGCCCCGGUUGCAGGCCCUGGGCUGGGAACCUCUAGGCAUCGUUCCUUGGCUUCGUUUCCUGAUCAGUUCCGCGUCCGGGAAUGCUGACGACCAGAACCUGACGAAGUCGGACCAGUUCGCUCUGAAGGUCCUGACUGUUCUCUCAAAGAAUUGGGAUAACCUGAGCCCAAGCUCCAAAUCCUCAGUCGUGUCGGCGCUGCAGAACAUCACGGUUAUGCCGACCAAGGCGGGAAUGAAGAAACCCGCCGAGUCCUUCUUCCCGUCUGUGAAGCUGUUUGACGACCUUCCGACGCUUGAGGGCUGUGCCAAUCUAAAGGAGAAAUUCCUGGUCGCUCUGGGUGUAAGAAAGACUGUCGAUCUCGAGACGAUUUUCACCCGGCUGUUAAGCCCUUCGCCCGCGGCUGGCAGCAGCGCACAGCCGAGAUGGAGUCAUAUGGAGCUGAUCAAGUAUCUCACUUCGGUGAAGGACGACAUUCCAGAAGCCGAUAUGAAGAAGCUCCGCGAGUCGCCGCUGUGCCCUGCCGAGGCGGGUCCCCGCGGGAUGGAGCCCACCAAGGGCUCGACACGGUUGUACAAGGUAUCAGAGCUCUUCGAGCCCAGAGACUCUCUGCGAACAUUAGGACUGCCCAUCUUGCAUUGGCCAGGACCGCCAGGAAGUUUCAGAAAUACAAGCAACGAGGCCCGGUUCUUGUACUUACUCGGCUUGCGUCCGCACCCAUCUGUGGCGGAGCUCCUCGGGAUGAUGGCAUCGCCAGACGAGGACCUUCGCACCAGCGCCAUAAAAUAUUUUGUAGCUAACCAUAGCUUGAACGGGUAUGCAUCAUCUGACAUCUCGGGCACCGACAAGGCUAUCCUUCCAAUUGAAGGCAACGGAAAGCAAUUGGUUCAGCCGUCCGCCUGCUACACGAAUGAAAAAGCCGCUAUCUUCGGAUACAACAUACUGAGAAAAGACUUGCAUCAACACGCACUCAAGUUUGGCGUUGCGCGCGAUCCUCCAAUCACGGGCUGUGUGGAGAGGCUUAUUGCGAAACCGCCUCAGGACCGUGCCAUGGCCAUCACUCUGUUCGAGUAUUUUGCUACCCGUCUGGGCGACUUGGGACACCACCACCUGACCAGGUUGAGAGACGCGCCCAUUGUUCCCGUUCUUAGGCAGAAAGGCCAUGAACACGGGCUUGAAGAGAAGUCCGGGUCCACGCUCACUCAUAUUCGUCCUCAGCAUUGCUACUUGGGAAGCUCGUCAACCUACAAAGACAUCUUUGACUUUGUUGACUUUGGUCCUGACGCCAAUGCAUUCCUGUUCAAAUGCGGCGCCAAAAGCGAGCCUACGAAGCACGAGAUUGCCGAGCUAGCCUGCAGUGAACCGGCGCGGUUGCUAAGCACCCUGCAGAGUCCGGAGAGGUACCUCAACCUCAUCAAGUCCCUCGCUGAGGACCUCGGGAGCCUGAAAAGAGACAGGGUGCUGUUCAAGAAGAUGAAGACUUCGGCAUGGUUGCUGGGAUUCCGCGAGAUCUCUUCGGGGAAAGGUAAGGAGUCGUACGAGGAGGAGGAAGAGGCGCCCAUCAAGCAGUACCAACUCGCGACCGCCACCGACAUUGUCAUCCUAGACGACUACAUCAGCUACCGGCUUUUCAAGCAAGCGCUGCUCUGCGCCCCGGAGGAAGAUGCUCUCGAGGCUUUCUAUAUGGCCCUCGGUUCCGAGACUCUGGGCAGCAGAGUGCAGGAGGAUAUCCGGGUGGGUCCGCGGACGGCGAACCAAGAGGGCGCCGAGUGGCUGCGGAAGCACGUGCUAGAGCGCUCGAAGCUCUUCUUGCACGAGUACUCCAAAGACAAGCGGGAUGCGAUCAAGCACGACACAAGAUGGCUCGAGAAGAACUUGCAGGUGUUGUCGGUCGCUUCGGUAGCACUGCGGCGGGUGCUCAAGGGCCACGCCAAGGCGCACCAGGAGAAACGGUCGGCUGCUAGUUCGCAGACGGCUUACGGAUGGACCCUCUAUGUCUCUGCCGAGGGCAAGCCCGACAUGUACCAGGUCGGGCAAGCUAUCUGUCAGCUCUUGCUCAACCGGCCCAACCAGAACGCCUACGUUUUCUUCGAGCCAUUCCUCAAGCUCGGCCUGCUCGAUCUGCGCUCGCGCGGGUAUAACGUCGACCGGAUCCUGCGCGCAAAAGCCGCCGAGGCGAGACUAGCCGAGGAAGAACGGCGCAAAGCGCUCGAGGAAGAACAGAAACAGAUUGAAGAGCAACGGAGGCAAUGGGCGGCUGCCCAAACCGGGGCGGCCGAGGCGGCGCGCGAAGAGGUGCGGACACCGCAACGAGACCCGCGGCCUGGCCUCAUGCCAGGCAGUUUCGAGGAUUCCCCAGACGACCGGCCCCUGACACCGCCUCCCAAAGAGCAGCACAACAAGCCCAGGCGGGGCGCCGGUAGUCUCUUCUCCAAUCUGACCCGCCGGCUCGGUUUCGAAAUGGGCUCGGACUCGCAGAACGAGUUGGAUAAGUUCCUGCCCCCGGCACCACCACCGCAUGAGGAUCCUGGUGUUGCCGCCGUCGAAAUUGGCAAGGGCAAAGCAAACGGCGCCUCAGACGAGCAGCACGACGACGGUCGCGUUACUAACCCGGCCAUCAUCCACCAGAACCUCCUCAACGCAAUCCAAUCCACCCGGCCGCACGACUCGGCGAGGCUCUUCUCCCCGCCGCACCAGACCGAGGUGAAGGAGCAGGCGACGUACUGCGACUCGACGCCGGCGCAGAACAUUGUGUUUGCGGCCGACGCGCCGGACGGCAUGCGCGUGUUUUUGCAUCGCAGCCUGGCCGAUCGCGGAGGCAGUGGCGGUGUCAGCACGUUCUUUGCUGAGCAUAUCGACCCAAUCGCCAGGUUCGAAGCUCUCCUCCGCGACGUGGGUGGUGUGUACGGCCUGCCGGUCAAGGCGCUGCAUAUUUUCUGUGAUGAGGCAGGCGGCACAAUCGCGUUCAACAGCGGCGGGGCUAUCUUCUGCAAUUUGAGGUUUUUUGAGCAGCUCCAUUUUAAGAGGAUGGAGGGGAAUGCGGAGGGUAGGGUUGAGGCUGGGACUUGGUAA